UUCCGGCCUAAAGAACGACAACACAACUCCGGUCUGAAAGACAAACAGGAGAAGCCGUGUCUCGUAAAUUAUUUAACGGGUUAGUUUUUCCACAUACAGGCAUAAUCUACCAUGCUCCAGUAACUAAUCACUCAUUAAAUCCCAAGAGUUGGCAGUGGUACUGGCAUGGCUGUUUACUGAACUGCUUCUUCCUCACCAAGCAUUGGUGUGCAACUUCCCAGUGAACGAGACUGAACUACUAUCAUCAUGGAAACAGAAACAGAAGUAAUUCCUAUUUGGCAGAAUAAGCCUCAUGGAUCCACCCGUAGCGUUGUGAGAAGAAUAGGUUCCACUCUUCCACUUAGACCUCCACAAAGGGCAUGUUUCCAGGAACUACCAGGCCUGCCCCCUCUUAGGCCUAUGGAUGGCCCUAUGGUUCCUACUUUGGCAGACAUAGCCUGGAUUGUUGCAGAUGAAGAAGAGACAUAUGCCAGAGUGCGGAGUGACUCUCGUCCUCUGAAACACGAAUGGCGGCCCACGCCCCUCCUGGUUCUCCACAGGAACUCAUCUGUGCCUAACUUCCGCCGUGAGGGCAAAAGGAUGGAGGGACUUAGGAAGCCUGGGGUGACGGCGCUGAACCGUACUACCGCCCUGCAGGACGAGCUCAGCAGACUCCGUGCGCAGAUCGCCAAGAUUGUGGCAAGUGAUUCUGGCUCCAACCCCCUGACCCCAGACCUGCUCUCCCCUGACGACACCAGUAUGAGCUUCUCCAUGGCGCCUUUCGAGACCGCGCCCUACCAGCCGGCUGCCACGGCUGCCGCUUCCUUUGUCAUCAGCGAUGUCACUGAGGAGGAGGAGGAGGAGGAGGAAGAUGAAGAUGAGAAAGAUGUUGUCUCUGUGGUGUCGGAGCUUGUCCCCGACCCUCUGCCGCCUGUUUCCAUGACGGCAUCAGCAACCUUUGACCUGGACAGACCCAGCAUGGACUUCCGGGAGGCAGAGGAGGAUACAGUGUCGCUUUCAAAGUCCACCAGCUUUGCUGAUGUUAUGGACAUCCUGAAGGACAUGAACCGCAUGAAGAUGAGCAAAGACAGGUACAACAGAGGCUGUACGUCCCUCAGAGAGGAGGACUCAGCCAGUCUGAUUUCAGAAGCUCUGAGGAAAAAGUUCGUCCUGAAGGAUGAAGAUACUGCCGCUAUGAAACGGAAGUAGCCUGAACCACUUGUUUAUCAAUACCUGAUUUGCUGCUCCAUGCUUUUGCCUGUGGAAUAUGUACCCUUGGAUCCACAACCUUGCUCCUCAGACCCAAGGCAAUAGCUGUCUGCCAGAGUUAGAACAAAAAAACACUUUGUCCCAGACAUUGAAAACCAAAUGCGAACUUCACAGCGCUGGUGCGGUGUGAGGGGGAACAGUCAACUCUCCAUAACAAUAAUCAGUUUCAGCACUGCAUCGCGUGUUGCAUCCUGUCUGUUUCUGUCUGUAAAAGGCUUUUUAUUUGUGGAAUAAUUUUUAAAUGAGGACUCAGCAGACUGGUUCCACUGCGGUCCAGAAAGUUGCUGUGUCUGGGCGUAUUUGAUUUUAUUUGUGUGUGUCUGUGUCUGUGUGUGUGUGUGUGUGUGUGUUAUAGCACAUUGUGGAGAGGCUGACAUCCAAACAAUUAGAACAGAUUCAUGGGACUACAAGUGAGGAAUGUCCCUUUAAAAAAAAAAAAAAAAAUCUUUAGUCCCUUUUUUCCAUUUGAAUUUUCCACAGAAGUGAUGCAAAUAAACAUGUUAUUGUUUGUUUUUUCAGUUAUGUAAAGAAGUCUUCUAACAUACUUGAAAACCUUUUAUGUACAUAAGAAACCGAUCUUGUGUACCUGCUGAGAUGUACUGUAGCUUAAUACAGUGUGUAUGGAGGGAAAAUAACUUCGGAUCUUUGCUGUUUAAUAUUUGCAUCCCAGUACUGAGUUUGCACAUGUGCACAGCAUCAUGUUGCUUGCUCUCCACUGCACCUCUUAUGCCUAUCCUCUUGUUUGUAAUUAACAUAUUGAUAGUCACUGAACCACAAGACACUAGGUUUGAAACCCAAACUAUAAUAUGCUGUUGAUAGAGUUUAAUGUUUGAGGUGUAUAAGUCCAAGGAAUACUUAAUGAGGUAUGUGAGUGAAAUUGCAUCUUUGUUUUCAGCUGUUUGUAUUUCCAGUUAAAGCAACAGAUACAAGCAUGCACAAGUCUUUUAGAUACCCCUUUCCCAGUUUGCAGAAUGUGCUAACUGGUAGAUGAAACCACCUUUUAUGAUGUUCUUUAAUGACGCAACAUCAAAGAGGGGAUUUCAGUUUGGGUAGAGAGACAACUGAGCUUCGUGUAAGAGUGCUUUUACAUCAUUCUGUAUGCGGAGUUUUGACAAAACCAUGUGUGAAAUUCUUGUGUGAGUCUUGAUGAUAACGAAUAUUCUUGUUGACGCCUUACCACAGAUCUAUUGCCUGUUCCAGUGCCGGAUUUUAUUCCUGCAUUAGUUCAAGUGCCAUGGGUUUGUUUUUAUCAGCACACCCCUCAUUGCCUGCCCUUUGGUGGUAGUGGUAUUGCUGAAUGGUUUAAAAAUAACCCCACACAAGAAAAGAUUUUGCUGUUAUGUCACUUUUACCUCCACACACGUCACUCCAACUCGGAUUUUCAUCUCUCACGUUUAUGCCUUCAUUGCUGUGAAUCCUUUGGUGUAGUUUUGCAGUGUGAAAAGGUAGCACCAAGUCUGUCUGUUUGGAUUGAACAUGAAUGUGCCUGUGUGUAUCGGUGAAUGCGGUGGAGUUAAAAUAUGUUUUGUCUUACUAGAAUUGGCCCUCAACUUGUCUUUGGUAAUCUUCUCUAUAGGUAAUUUCCUUAUUGGUCAAAGUUAAGUACAAAAUAACUAGCUGAGAAAUCUACUAUAUGCAAGUUUAAAUAUAUUAAUUGUAUGUCUGUACUUGAGAUGUUGAACCUUCACAUCAUACUCUACCAACUGCAUCACUACUCCUGAUAAUAAGUUGAGAGGAUCAUUUUUUUUCACAGGCUUUGUUUGUAGUUUAAGAGUUUCUCACCAUUUUACCUCUGUAUAGGGUUGAGCCCAUCACUGUCUGUAUGUUUGAUUGUUUUUUUUUUUUGUGAAGUUAGUACGUGUAAAUAAAGAUUGGCUGAUGUUUUGAAACGG